AGGGACCCACAGCUGGAGGGACAUACAAGAGCUAAUCCUUUGGAGAAGGGGUGAAAUGCUGAGGCUGGAUGUGCAGCUGGGGAAGGUGGAUGUGUGCUGAGUUUCCAUGGGACAGGGCAGGUCUAGGCAGCAUCGUGGUGGGGGCAUGAGAAGGGUAAGCAGGCAGCUGGUGCGUGCAGGUUGGUUUCUCCUCUGCCUGUGCCUUGGGAAAUAGCUGUCAGUGAUGUGAUUGCAUACUCCUCAUGUGACACGCAGGAUGGGUCUGUCAAUCAGUGUUUCACUCCGGAUUAUCUGCCGGGCCCUGGUAUUGUUGCUGCUGGAGAAGGAGCAAUAAAUUGAACAGGUGGUGGUGGGAAGAGAGAGGUUUAAUACAGCUCAGCUUUGUCAAUGAAACAGCAAACAAAACAAAUACCGUCUGCUGCAGAUCUGGAGACUUUCUUCCUUUGUGGAGCCGUGUGGAUGCCAGGCUGCUGCUGAACCUUGUUUUCCCAUGAGGGUGAGAGCCACUCUGUGUUUUCCAGACCGCAAUACAAUACAGUCAGCAUUGUGUCUCUGAGCCUCAAGUCCCAAACAAGGCAGCCACAUGACACAAAACUUCAACCCAAGAGAAACUCACUUCUCCAGCUUGAGCAUGGCCUAAGAGGUUUUAUGAGGUUUUACUGGCAUCUUGCUGGGUAUCCUCAUUUACACUUGAGACUGAUGCUGAUUUCUUGCAUGGAGCAGCUUAAGUCCAGCCUCUCAUGACUAUUUUCUUGGAAGGGAGAAGGAUAUAUUUGAUAAAUGGGUUGUUUGGAUCUUACCGUGAUGGUGUGACUCCUUGUUAUGCAUGCCUGGGGUUGGAGAGCAGUGGAGAUCCUGAGUCCCCAGCCAUGGAGUUUCCACUCAGGGUGAUUACUGGCUCUUCCCAGUACUUUGAAGAGCAUUAGUGAUAAUUAAUUGUAUAGCAUAUCAUCAGCUCACCUACUAGGAAAAAAUGCCCUCUUCAAGACAAUAAUCCAUAGGAAGUGUGUUAUGGCAGGGACUGGCUGCCUCCCAAGAAAUAUCUCUCUGGUCUGUGGAAAAAAUGCGCUGAGGCCAGUGGGUGCAGCAGCAGUGAUGUCUCCAUUAGCAGUGACUGAGGCAGUGAGGAGGCCCCUUUCUUUUGUAAGAGCUGAAUGGUGGAUGCUGCUGCUCACAUCCCACACUGAGACAGGGGCAGAGGCUGAUCUACCUGUUUUGGAGGGCAUCAGUGGACUCUGAACACAAAUAUAAGGGAUCUGGCACCCUGUUCCAGGGUGGUGGCUGAGUGUCUGGUGUCUCUCUGGGCACCUUGCCACAGCAGGGAUGGGACAUGAGCACCCCCUGGCAGGAGCAGCUGCCUGGGAUGAGAGCUUCAUAGGUGGCUUUGCAAUGAAGCUGCAGCAGGAGUAAUUACACCCUGCAGCCUGGCACAGGGUGAAAUGUGGAGUCUGCGGCAGGGGCUGGAGCCAUGACUAGGGCGGCGAGGGGGCUGAUUAAGAUGAAAUGCUCAGAGGGAAAAGAAAGUAUCAGGAUUUCAAAGGCAGGAUCCUUCCCUGGUAUUUGCAUAUUCGCGCUGGCUCCUUGUGGGAACAGGUACUUGGUCUGCAGUGGCAUCAGUGGCAAGUUGCAGAUGGUAUAUGAGCUUACAUCUUCCUGUGGAGCAAGUCAGAGCAUCUGUGUUAACAAGGAAGACCCUUGUUUUUCCACAAAAAGUCACCUGAAUCAUCAGUGCUGCUGCCCACAGUCCCUUCUCAUGGGUCAGGGAAAGCUUUGGGAUCACCACUCUCUGGUUGACAGCUUGGUCCCGGCUCAGGGACAUAUCCCCAGAACUUCCUUGUCCGGAGGCAGGUGCCUUAUUAAUAGCUCUGGUUCGAAGUCUUCUUCCUAGAGAGGUUUGCUAAGGAGAAGCCUUGGAGCCUGGAGCUCAGUUCCAGCCAUGAGGACAUGGAAAUGUCACAGAAACUUCCUAAAUUACUUGUCAUGUGGGAUUUGGAGGGCUUUGCCCUUUACAAACUCUGCCUUUAGGCAUUGUAGGCAUAAAACUUCUGCACAAUGAGAGCUUUUCAUUAAAUCUGUCACCAGCAUUCUUCCCCUCAGACCAUGUCCUCCUCCAUCAAAAUCGAAUCCGUUGUGAAGGAGAAGAACAGGAUGGGAGAGUGCCCAGUUUGGGAAGAGAGGGAGAGUGCGCUCGUCUAUGUAGACAUUAACUCACAGAAAGUUUGCCGCUGGAGCUCUCUCACCAAUGAAGUGCAGAGCGUGUCUGUGGAUGCCCGUGUUGGCUCAGUGGCACUGCGGCAGUGCGGGGGCUACGUCAUCGCCCUGGGGACCAGGUUUGCCUUUCUGGACUGGGACACCAAGGCGGUCACCACCAUCCUUGAGCUUGAGCAGGAUAAGCCCAACAACAGAUUCAAUGACGGGAAGGUGGAUCCAAAGGGAAGGUUUUUUGCUGGUACAAUGGCUGAAGAGACAGCACCGGGGGUCCGAGCAAAGCAGCAAGGAGCUCUCUAUACCCUUUUCCCCAGCCACUCAGUAAUAAAACAGUUAGACCAGGUGGACAUCUCCAAUGGUCUGGACUGGUCCCUGGACCACAGGACCUUCUUUCACAUUGACAGCCUGGCAUACGCUGUGCAUGCCUUCAGCUACGAUGUGCACACUGGAAAGAUUGCCUGCCCCAGACUUUUGUACCACCUAGAAAAGGAGGAGCAAAUGCCCGAUGGGAUGUGCAUAGAUGCAGAAGGGAAGCUCUGGGUGGCCUGUAUUGAUGGAGGGAGAGUCAUUCGUAUAGACCCAGAGACAGGAAAAAGAAUCCAAACUGUGAGGCUGCCUACUCCGAGGAUCACUUCUUGCUGCUUUGGUGGAAAAGACUACUCAGAAAUGUACGUGACUUCUGCGUAUGAUGGAUUGGACAAGACCACCUUAGCCAAGGAACCUCAUGCGGGAGAGAUUUUCAAGAUAACAGGCCUGGGUGUGAAAGGGAUCCCACAGAACUUCUAUGCUGCUUGAACACUGAUGUUAUAUAACAAAGAAGAAGUGCUUGCAUCUUGUAGUAACUCUGCCAAGGAGAAGUCCAAUGAACUGCAGAAUUUAUCUGUAUGAGGAUUUCUAAAUCCACAUGUGAAAGCAUUCCUGUUUGGACUUGAAGACAUUCCUUCUCCUGUGGGCCUGUGUCUUGAUGCAAUAGGUUAGAGAGAUAAAGUUAGCUGGUGCUACACCUGGAUAGCUUUUGUGACUUCCCAUAGACCUCUUCAAGCUUAGUUUUGUUGAACUUUCUGAUUGACAAGCUCUGGAUUUUCAAGAUUGGGUGGUUCCUGUAGCAGAAUCUGACUCAUGGUUUAUCUUUUCAUGUUACAGUGAUGUACCAGCUAUGAUAUGGCAGAUGUUAAUAAACAUUUUAAGUAAGUGAUGACCUUAAUUGCUCCUCUGCUGUGGGACUUCCCCAGAGUAUGUUCUUUGGUGUUUUGGUGUCUUUCUCUGAGGUAUUUGGCCUUUCCACCACUGCUAUUGAAAGCCUUAAGUUAGUCCUCAGACACCAGGAAGUAAGUAUUCAAUGCCUCAUGAGGACAGUUUCCCACAAUGGCCCACAAGUGAAAGAGCAGAAAAAAUGGUUAGCCACACAGAAAUGUUAGAGUUUCUGUGGCGCUGUAUGCAGAUUCCCUCUAGAACUGAGCAUUUUCUCCAGAACCAAGAAUCCUUCUCCUGGCCAGGGGUUCUACAUAGCGUGGUUUUGAAAGAACCGAGCUGGGCUGAUUUCUUUGCUUCUGUGCUACUUGGCCAAAUCAUUGGUAAAACAGAACAAACGCUCUUGGCCCAUUGCUCUGCUUCACUCCGACCUUGUUCUGGA